UAUUAAUCAUGGAUUCUGAUGAACAAAACAUCUCAGGUUUAUUGGAUGAUCAAUCUACGCUUGAUGACAGAAGGUAAUAUAUUCAUAACAAUCAAUUUAUGCAUCAAUUUUUUUGAAACUCAUUUUACUUUUUAUCCUUACAACUCAAAUGUAUUUAGGACUUCGUCUUCAUUGUCAAAUCAAGUCAUUUCUGGUGAAUCCAAGGAGACUUUGAUUAGUAAACCAGAAAUUGCAAGUAAAUGGUUAACCGCUUAUAAUGAUAAUCUUUGUUCCCUUUACACGUUAACUGCGUGCAUAUGUUUCGUCGAUCUGAAUGGCGAUGGAGACCAGAAAUUGGUUAUCGCUGAUCUUGGUAAUGGUGUCCAAGGAAUGAAGCUGAACAUUUACAAAGGAACUUUCAUUUUAUCGCAAUUAACUCUGAUUGACUGUCCUUCUGGUGUCGUCUCUUUUUACAUGGACUCAAAUGCCCCAAGAAUACCAGCUAUUGGAGUUGCUUCUGGUUCUUAUUUGUACAUUUACAAGAAUCUGAAGCCAUUUUAUAAAUUUGGUUUACCAAGCUUAGAGAUUCAUCCAAGUGAACAAGAUGCUUGGAAUCAACUGGUUGCAGAUAAAAUUGAUGCAAGUCAACUAAAGGUGCUUCUUGAAAAUUUAAGAAUCGAAGUGGGUGAAGCCAGUUUAACUGCUCGGUCUCAGCGCCUCAUUGAUUUGACAGACCCAGGAGUGAUCGAUGACUUUAUUGGACGUUACAAAGAUCAACCAUUGAAAAGAUCGACUAUCAUCACAUGCAUAGCAACAAUAAAGAAGACGGUUGAUGAAGAUAAUAACUUAAACUGUCUCAUUAUUGGAACUGAGAACAAAGACAUUUUGAUAAUUGAACCAGAUGCUUUUACCAUUCUGACAUCGGUUCAACUUCCAUCGAUCCCUGUGUUCCUUGAAAUUAGUGGAUUGUUUAAUGUUGAAUAUCGGGUUAUUGUUUCUUGUCGAGAUGCUUGUAUUUAUACGAUUAAACGUGGAUUCAAAACGGGAAGACUUUGUGUUCAACUCAAUUCUCAGCCCGUUGGUCUUGUUAGAUACAAUAAUAACAUAAUUGUUGGAACCAUGGAUCAAUGUUUAUCUUGUUUUACCAUUAAUGGGAAUUGUGUUUGGAAGAUUAACCAACAAUCGGGAAUAACAUGCUUAACAGCCAUUGAAGUUGAAAUACUUGGACUUACUUUGAUUGCAGUUGCACUGGAAUCAAGAACUGUCGUAUUUUAUAACGGAAAAUCAAAGGUGGACACAAUUGAGACGGAAAAUGUAAUCACAUCGAUGAAAUUUGGUCGUUAUGGAAGGGAAGAUAACACUUUGGUCAUGGUAUCCCGAUCUGGUUCAUUAUCAAUUCGGAUACUUAAGAGAACAGCUAAGUUUACAUCAAUUGAGAGUGACUUCGGUGAAGCAGGAUCAGGAUCGACAAUGAAAAUGAAUAUUCCCAAGAAAACCAAAUUGUUCAUAGACCAAUCAGUUAGGGAACGUGAAGAAGCAAUUGCUAUUCAUCGAGCUUUUCAACAAGAUUUGUAUCGAUUACGAUUGGUUGUUGCUCGCGCCUAUGUAAAAGCAAUAGCGGCAAGCUUGAAUCCAAUGUCAUCUAAUGCUGUUGAUCCACUGAAAUUAUCUGCUCAGGUCCAUGGACUUGGUCCAGUAUUUCGUUUAAUAUUGGAGAUACAAAAUACUUCACUAGAUCAACCGUCUUACAAUCUAAAUUUAUUUUUCUAUUGUGAUGUUAAAAUUUAUCGGAUUCAUCGUAAUUUCAUUCCAGUACCCAAUCUGCAACCAGGUUACAUUUACACUUUUGCCACUAAAGUUGAAUGUGUAAAUGAGUUGAAUGUUUCCGACUUCAUCAAGAUUCACGUCGUUCGUGAGGGUGACAGCACACCAAUUAUCACAGCAAUCAUAAAUAUGCCUUCAAGUGAAACACCAGUUUAAUUGUAAUAAAACUCUGAGCUCAGAUUGAAAAGUAGUGGAUGAUUCAACAGAGGCAAUAAAAUUAAUUCAUAGAUUAUGAGAUAGUCACGAUAUCAUGUCUGGAAUAUGCCGUUGAAUAAUUUCAAAGCCUUGGCAGAGUUCAUUGAAUGGCUUAAAGAUCAGAAUGUGAAGCGAGUGGUAACAAAAUGAACAAGGAUUGACACAAGGAGACACUAUUCAAAUUAACUUAACCAUAUGAUGCACAAUAAGUUGAUAUAAAAAAACUGGUAAAAUGAUAUUCGAUGAUUAAGAUGUUAAAGAUGGCGACAGUUAUCCUUUUGUUUCUCAACUUUCUUUUCAAUAUAAAAAUAGACGAUAAAGGUUGACAUGUAAUUCAAUAAUUCAAUCAAAUUUAAAUAGAUUCAGAUCUAAACUAAGCAAAGAAGCUCGCCUUCUUGACCAACCAAGCUAAUAAUUGCAUUUCAAUGAAAUUGUGUUAUGAUAAUGUUAUUGUAUUGAGAACGUUGAAGGA